AUGCAGUUCAGCGUACCCAUCGCAGUGUGCCUGGCCUUCGCCCACACUUCCAUCGCCAGGCCGUUUAACCCCACCCUCCCCAGCAGCUCACUCGGCAGUCCUCUCGGCCUUCCAACGCCUGACUAUAUCAUCAACAACCCUAACCUCCCCAUCCGUCCCCAACCUGUGCCCGCUAACAACGGCCCCACUCCCAACGACCCGCUCAGAUUCUUAAAUCCCAACAACCUCUACGGCCCCCCUAUCAACAACCCCUCCGGCAUCGCCCUGCUGGCAUCUUCUCUGAUUCUUCUCGCAACGGAGCCUACGACUCGCAGCGUGGAUCCGGCGUCCUCUUCCAGAAGGAGGCCAAGCCCCAGGACGACUCAAAAUCCAAGGCUUAGUUGGAAUGAUUUUUUGAGUCGGCUAUGGAUCGUCCCCUCCGAUGCUUUGUCCACUGUGGCCGGCUUGAUUCUCUUGCUUUACCAACUCCGCCAUCUACCGUUCUUACAUCCCACUGGCCUGUAG